AUGCAGCCAUCCCUCUUCAGCACUCUGCUCACACUGCCUCUGCCUGUGCAACAGCACACUUUGUCAGUUGGACCAAUUAGGUCUCAAUCCCUGAGGGUGAGACAGGUGGCACAGCCUGGCACUACCUUUAGAUGGAGUGCUAAAAGGUAUUUCUUGACAUACACUCAGAUUGGGGACAGACCAUCUGACAUGGUCAGGGAGUUCUUCAAGAACUGUAACCCCAAACCAUUGACAUGGAAGGCAGCAGUGGAAUCCCACCAGGAUGGUGGGAAACACUGGCACAUCAUUGUCCAGUUUGACCAGGUGAUCCAAUCUCGUAGAGUGGAUCUAUUCAACAUUGAUGGAUUGCAUCUGAAUGAGGAGGGAGCUGAGGUAUUUGGACCUUGGCAGGGACCAUCUGGUAAUGCCGAGGUCCAGGACCUCAAGGAGGGGAAGCAUGAUGAACGCUUUGUCUAUAUCUGCUCUGCAACCACUAGGGACAACUUCGAGGACUCCUAUGAGUCAAAAUGGAUGGAGUUCCCACGUCUGCCAGCAGUGUUGGCAGAAUGGGUGUCAGGUGAGAUGAAGAAUCCAGACCAUCUGAAGACACUCUGUGUGUGGGGCCCAUCUCAGACAGGAAAGACUGAAUGGGCAAGGUCAUUAGGUCUGCAUAUUUAUAUGAAUGGCCAGCUUAAUGCUGCCAAAUUAUUUGAAUUGGAUGGUGAUCAAGAACCUGAGUACUUGGUACUUGAUGACAUGGACAUAGACUGCUUCUGGUCCAUCAAGGAAUUCUUCGGCGUGCAAAGAGAAUUCGAAAUCACAGACAACUCAAACACAGUGGUCUACAACCUAGACCAUCCUCUUUACAAUGAUGCAGCACCACCUAACCCCCCACCAGUAGUACCUACACUGGACUUAGGUGAACCCAUCGUGUGGGUGCCAACACCACCGCCUGUACUCCAUCAUCCACAGCCAGUUGCUGCACCAAUGGUCUAUUUAGAAGAUUUGUACCCUAAUUGGCCUAGACUUAGAAAUUAG